ACAGCCUAGAACAUGUCUAAAGAAAAAAACACAUUAUUGACUACUGUAUUAAGGAUUUUUUCGUAUCUAUUUUAUAAUUGUUGUGUACAGUUAAAGUGUUAAAGUUUAGACUUUAUGAAAAUGUGUAAAAGUAGACUCCAAUGCACAGUAAAAAUGAUGGUGCUUUUCAAUUUGGAUGUUCAAGUCAUUCAAUUUAAUUAUAAACUUAACCAGAUAUUUCGUCCUGCAGGUUUCUCCGAUCCAGACGGAUUCGACGUGAUCUGUUCUAAAACAACAAGCCUUGACGUAGUGACCGUACCGUUCUCCCGGAUAGCACCUUCGGGCAGCAGGAGGAUGGAUGUAGCGGCCGUCAAAGCGCUAGGACCGAGACAAAAUGUAGGCGAGCUGGAAGCUAAGGUCCUGUCCCGUGCUGCACUUAGUAAAAUCGUCUUGGUUAACCGGGAGGAAUGUGAGCUGAAGGAGAUAUGGGUCGCUGACACUACGGGGGAAAUCAAGCUUACCUUGUGGGAUAGCCUAAUAUCCCAGGUCGACGUCUCCAAAUCCUACUGCUUUUCCAACCUGGCAACGAGAGAGAUGCAAGGGGUUAUUCGUUUAACCACAACUCCAUCUACUCGAGUCGUGGAGAUAACCCAACUGGACGUACCUGAUGAGGGCAGGGAUGAUCCCGAUGACGGCGCUGCUUCUACGACUUUGCGCGGUGUGGUCUCCGGGGUUCAAAUCCGAGCCAGACAUCGUUGUCCGAGGUGCCACGGUCUUCAAAAUCAAAUUUCUGCCAACUCCAUUACUCACAGGUGUGAUGCCUGCAACCUGCUGCAGCGGUCAUCGGUCUACGGCUUAACAUACAGAGGAACGAUAGUUCUCACCGCUGACCAGCAGGAACAUUCGCUGACGGUGACCGAUUCCUGCAUCAACGCUUACCUGGCCAGAUACCGCGUCGCCUAUUCAGAAAACGACGUGGAAACCAUUGAGGAGCAUUUCCUUAAUUUGCCAGAGGUAGAAAUCUGCGUUAAUAACGAUUCCUUAAUUACCUCGUUAAUUCAGCCCCUUUCACAAAAUCGUGUGGACCAAUCCUUGGUCGCUGCUAACGACGGCAACACAGUGACGGAUGGUGAAGCUGCGCAAGUUGUGGAAGAUUGGGAAGCUGCCGCUCUUGUUUAGCACGUUCAGCGAGGCAACUGGUAAUAUGCACA